AUGAAGCGCAAGACAGAUGGAAGAGAUUCCCUCGGCGGCAAAGACCAGCCCGAGUCCAAGAAGCGCGCUUUGUCCAGCGAAGAAGCCGCUGCGCGCUUCCGUGACGGCUUGUUCGAGCCGUCGGUCCUGAAGGACUAUACCGAGCAAUAUGCCCAGUCUGCUCCGUACAAGCAUGGAGUCAUUCACCCCCUCAUCGAGCCCUCCCUCCUGCGCGCCGUCCGCGACGAAAUCCAGGCCCAGGUGCAGUUCACCGAGAAGGAAACCGACAUCUACAAGAUCUUCCAAUCUGGCGACUUGGCCAACCUGGACGGUCUCGACGAUGCCUCUCUUGCGAAACUGCCCUCCAUCCUCAAGCUGCGCGACGCCAUGUACUCUGCCCGCUUCCGUGAGUUCCUCUCGAAGGUCACCGGCUCUGGAAAGCUGAGCGGACAAAAAACCGACAUGGCCAUCAACGUCUACAACGAAGGCUGCCACUUGCUCUGCCACGACGAUGUUAUCGGAAGCAGACGCCUGUCCUACAUUCUCUAUCUCACCGACCCCGACCAACCUUGGCAGGCCGAAUGGGGUGGCGCACUGCGUCUGUACCCCACGACGACCAAGAAGGAUGCGAACGGCGACGAUGUCCUAAUCCCCAGCCCGGACUACUCCCUCAGCAUCCCUCCCGCCUUCAACCAGCUCAGCUUCUUCACCGUCCAGCCCGGAGAGAGUUUCCACGACGUCGAAGAAGUCUACCACCCCAAAGACAACGAGGACAAGUCCAAGAAGCGCGUGCGCAUGGCCAUCAGCGGCUGGUUCCACAUCCCGCAGGAAGGUGAAGACGGCUAUGAAGCCGGUCUGGAGGAGAAGCUCGCCGAGCGAAGCAGUCUGGCCCAGCUCCAGGGCCGCGGCGACAUCUACGACCUCCCGCAGCCCAAGACCGUCGAGUGCGAGAACGAGGACGAGCAACAACCCGAGGAAGGAGGCAAGGGCAAGGGCAAGGCGAAGGUGGAAGAGGAGCCCACGCCCGAAUUCACAGAAUCCGACCUCGCAUUCCUGAUCCAAUACAUCGCCCCAUCCUACCUCACCCCCGACAUCGCCGAGGAAAUGUCCGAGACCUUCUCUAACGAGUCGUGUCUCAGUCUGGAACGAUUCCUUUCGGAGAAAUUCGCUACUCGUGUUCGGACCUACAUUGAAGAGCAGGAGAGCAAGAGCCUGCCCAAAUCCUCCGACGAGAUCCUCGCCCAGACUGGAUGGACGGUCGCCCGUCCCCCCCACAAACAGCGCUACCUGUUCCAGCAACAUGGCACCGCGACCCAGGACCAGAAGUCUCCGAUCCAGGAACUCCUCGACGACCUUUUCCCUUCCCGGGCGUUCCGCAAGUGGCUCGCUCUUAUCACCGGCGCGGACCGUAUCACCAGCUACGACUACCUGGCGCGUCGCUUCCGCAGAGGCCAGGAUUACACCUUGGCCAGUGGUUAUGAUGGAGAACAGCCCCGUUUGGAGCUGUCGCUUUGCUUGACACCCACUCCGGGCUGGGAGAAGGAGGACGACGACGAGGAGGAGGACCAGGAUCAGGAUCAGGAUCAGGAAAUGGGCGAGGAGGGCGAUGCAGCGAUCUACCGGUCCGCAGGCGCCGACGAUGAUGACGGCAUUCUCUUCAGCACUGCCGCCGGAUGGAACCGACUCAGCAUUGUGCUGCGCGACAGCGGCACCCUGAAGUUCGUCAAAUAUGUCAGUGAGGCUGCCAAGGGUGACCGUUGGGAUAUCACGGGUAACCUGGGAGUGGAAUUCGAGGAUAAUGAUGACGAAGACGAAGAUGAUGAAGAUGUGGAUGAUGAUGACGUUGAAGAGGAGGAUGAGUGA